ACUCGAUUUAAAGUAAUUUUUGUUUUUGUUUCAUAUCAUAUGUGCUUAGACUCUGAGAAAGUACAACUGUCCUACAAGAAUCUAUUAAACGUAUUUGCCUGCUGUAGACUUUCAGAAAGUACACUGAUUCAGCCAAGGCAUUGGCCGAAGACAUGGGCUACUGCCGUUUCUCCCGUCAAGGAGUGUUUAUUUUGGAGCGUUGCUUUCAGCGGGAGCAGAGCAGAGUGGUGUUGAUGCCUAUGGUCCAUGUGGCGAACAAAGAGUUCUUCACCUCAACCUUGCGUAGCGAACGGUUUCACCACUUCGACGCGUAUACCAUGAGGGUCAUGUUGGAUGCUCGGAUGAUGUGGAUUUUCCACAUUGGCGAUUCACUCCAUCACUGAGAGAGGCAUCUCCAAUGGCAGCUGCAUUGGAGAUGUGUUGGGUGGUUUGGUUUCGACCCCCACUGGCGACGAACAAUGCGCUGUGUCGGAGACUGGGCUGGCCAGAGCUUGUUCUGCAGCCUGAGCCUUUGUGCAGGAAUGAGAGCACCGGGAGACCACACCGAAGACCGCGCUUCGUGUGCACAGACUCCACCAGCUUGGUCGAGACGCUGCUCUUCAUGGCUACACUGCACCGGCGCGACGCUCGCGCGGAGCGGAUGGUGAAUGCUUUGCUGGCUGAGUGGCCAACGACGAAGAGCUUUGCUGUCCCAUGGGGAUUGGCACACAUGCACUACAUUGAGAAUCAGCUGCUGGCGGAAGGCUUCUUGACCGAGCUCGUGACAGCUCGACCGGCGUGGUGAUCGCGGGCGCAACCGCCCCAGGCUUCGUUGAACGGGAGGACGGCUACAAGGAGCACCUCGUGGCAUGGCCGUGAGGACGUACCACAUAGUACCACGAGUAGCCUCCGGCGACGAUGGAGAUUGGAUGAUGUUGGGAUGACCGACCGGAUUCUGAGUUUGGCAGGUCCGAAAGUCCUUGCCAGAACCUGGUGCUGCCGUGACUGCCGUUUUCAGAGCAUCAAGCGUGGAAGAAGAAGCAUGAACAACAUAUCAAGAAGAUCAAGAAGAGGGACCCUUACAUAAACGGUUUUUUGAUAAACUGUUUGAUCCGUUUUGGUGUUCAUUCAUGCACCUGGCUGUGACCAUUACAUUGCUUUCCAUCCAAAAACCCACGUGUCGCGCAAGGCCUGUGGCUGGGGUCCAGCUAUCACAGUUCAUUUGAUCAUUCUGACCUGGUGGUGGUUCCUCCACACAUUCUUCGAGACCUUGCUGCGGUGGUUUGGUACUGGGCGGAUCUAUAUCCGAAUGCCUUUCUACUGCUUGUUUGGGGCGACGUUGCACCUUGGUGCCGAGGUGCACCAACAAAAUGGGAUGCCGACUUCCCCUGAAGCGACACACGUGAACACGCGUACUGCGUGCCGCGCCACUGAUGUGCAGUCG